GUGUCAUCACUCUAAAUGCUACCUGGAAUUAUAAACAUGCUCAAUUUGGUUGGACAAUGAAGUUCUUGGUGACAGUUCUGUUUGCCACCUUCUUACAACUCGGAGCAGGGAACCAGCUGCAGGCCUGUGGUUCUGCCCUCACAGACAUCUUAUCUCUUGUCUGCAGAAACCAGUUCCACGACGCAGCGAAAAGACAGUACAUUACAGGUGAGAUAUCGAUUCAGAUCAUUUUAUGGAUUUACAAGAGGGAGAGAAGAUUCACUGCUGAGCAAAAGAGAGGGGGAGUGGUUGAAGAGUGCUGUUUUUCAAGCUGUUCCUACGAGAAUCUACUGCUUUAUUGUUCACAGAGUAUUGAUCCUGUCGACGUUUUCGCCGCGGCUCGAGCUGAAACAACAACAACGAUUAGACCACCAACAACUAGAAUAACAACAACAGCAGGACAUACGACGACAAUAACAACAACAACCAAUAAACCCACGGCGUCGAGGCAUGGUGACAACAAAGACAUUGAUAACGCGGCGUGGAGCUUGACCAGAAGAUGGUUUUACGUCAACAGACUGGGAAGAUUUCGCGGACAGGUCGGAAGAAGGAUAAUCAAUAUGUGAUACAUUGUGAGCUCUGAUUAGUGUAUAAUCCACUAAUUCCCGGAGUUAGUGAUAAUGACAAGAACAUGUGGCCGUAUCUUUCUUGUGGCCAAGUCUUUGACAUU